UUUCGUUAAUCAUAAAAUAAUUAGUGUGGAGUCAAUUAAAUGAUGCCACGUGAAGGAAAAUUAAUGCAGAAUUAAAAUGCCAGAGGCGAGGAUAAUAAAUGCAAUCAUAAAUAGACGGUCAAGAGAAAUUUUAGUCUCAGUCGCAAUAAUUCCAGGCAGAUAAAAUGAAUGCCAAGUUAUUGCUUUUGUGCUUCAUUGCUUUAGUAGCAAUCAGAUCCACUUGGUCAUUGGGCAGUAGCAACUGCCCCACGGCUAGUCGUAUAGAUAGCUGCAGCCCCAAAUGCAAAGACAACAGUAACUGCCACGGGGCCCAGGUCUGCUGCACCAACAUCUGUGGCACCAAAUCAUGCACCGACAUUUACCAAUACCAAGACAAAAACAAGGGAUCAAACUCAAAAUACUCCUCGAAUUCGAAGGGGGCGACCGGGGCAUACUGCGGCAACACCAAGUGCGCCCCCAGCGAAAAAUGCGAGCUUGAUAGGACCACAAAGAGAGAGAAAUGUGUCAGAGGCUGAAUGGAAAUUUCCCAAGUUUGAAUUUCGCGCCACAAGUUUUGGGGCGUAAUAAUAACACUACAGUGUAGCUUUUGUAACAAAUUGCGUUAUAAAUAAACAUUUAUAUUAAUUUUUAA